AUGGCCCUCCUGGACUACUUUAUCCCCCAAAACAUCGUCAGAAUUGACAACAGCGGACUUCAUGUGUCUGUUUGGCCUGAUUAUCAUGUAUACAGCGGAGAAAAUGUAACUCUCGGAUGUUUUAUCAAUAGAGGAUUCUAUGGCUGGCAGUACAGCUGGUAUAAAGAUUCAUCACUUUACAACAUCAGUGACCUUCAGUAUUACACAAUCACAUUUAUUAAUGAGUCUGACACUGGAAAAUACACCUGUGUAGGAUCAGAAACCUACGGACCACGAAAAAUCAGCAAUACAGUUACACUGACAGUAUCAGAUAAUCUUAAACCUGUAGUGAGUGUUGAUCCUGACACACAGCUGUUCAGUGGAGAAACUGUUACUCUGAGAUGUGACAUAAAGGUUACAGGAGACACUGAGUGGACAUACAGCUGGACUGUAGAGAAGACAAAUAACAGAAAUAUAAUCACACAAUGCAACACACAAGAGUGUAAAAUCAACAACAUUCAACAGACUGACAGUGGUAAAUACACCUGUAGAGGAAAGAUACGUGAACAAAACACUGAGAUGAGUGAUGCUGUUACACUGACUGUAUCAUCAGAUAAACCACAGACAGUUUUAAGUGUUUCUCCACAGCAGUGGUUGACUGAAGGAGAUUCGGUGACUCUGAUGUGUGAGGUUAUAAGUUCAUCUGCAGGCUGGACAUUCAGCUGGUUCAUUGUAAAGAGGCUUUACUCAGUGAAUAAAUAUGACUAUCAGCUGGUUUCAGACAGCAGUGGAGGAUCGAAAGGCAUCUUCACAGUGAAUUCAGUGACUGUGAAGCACACAGGAGUUUAUUCUUGCAGGGCAACGAGAGGAGAUCCAGUCUAUUACACAGAUUACAGUAACACACAAACACUGUGGAUCACUGGUGUUUCUCCUUCAGUCUCUCUGAUCAUCAGACCCAACAGAUCUCAACACUUCUCAUCUGAAUCUCUCUCUCUGAGCUGUGAGGAUCACAGUAAAUCUACUGGAUGGACAGUGAGAAGAUACACAGAAAAUAAACUGAAACCUUGUUCAUCAUCAGACUGGAGAUCUACAGGAACAACAUCUACAUGUACAAUCAGAUCUCUCCAUACAUCGGAUACUGGAGUGUACUGGUGUCAGUCUGAAUCUGGAGAGAUACUUCAUCCUGUUAAUAUCUCAGUACACUAUGAUGAUGUGAUUCUGGACAGUCCUGUUGAUCCUGUGACUGAAGGAGAUCCUCUGACUCUACGCUGUUUAUUAUAUGGAUAUAAAAACCCCUCUGACCUGAGAGCUACAUUUUAUAAAGAUGAAUCAGUGGUACAGCAUCAGACUACAGGAGGCAUGAUGAUCAUCCCUACAGUCUCAAAGUCACAUGAGGGUUUCUACUAUUGCAAAGACCCAUGGAGAAGAGCAUCUCUAAAGAGCUGGAUCUCAGUCAGAGGUGAGACAGCUCAGGUAAAGAUGUCUGGACUCAAGAUUUUCACUUUUCUGCUGGCAGUUUGUCCAUAUCUGAUAGCGACUGCCAUUCUGGUUUUCAAAUGCUACAGAUUGAGAGGUAAAACAUCUGUCUGA